CUGAAAAUGAAAGCUGUGUCUCUUUAAGAAACAUGGCGUCUUGUAGUCGUUCGCAUGUGAUUUCUCUUUAUAGGAUGCUUAUGAAGGAGAGCAAGAAGUUUCCCUCGUAUAAUUUUAGGACAUACGCACUGCGCAGAGUGAAGCAUGGCUUCAGGGAGAACCAGCAUGUGGAUAACCCUAGGACCCUGGACAUGCUCCUGGGCCAGGCCCGAGAGAGCCUGGCGCUCAUCAAGCGGCAGGUGACUGUUGGCCAGAUGUACUCAACCCAGAAGUCUGUUGUGGAGAAGGUGGUGCAGGAGCCCAUCUGAGUCAAAAGCUUAAGCCCCCCUCCAUCCUUCCCUGUCAGGGCACAGGUGGGGGUGGUACAUCAGUGUAAAAGAGAGCUGUAAAAUUGUAUGGUCUCACUCUGAAAUUCUUCACUGUUAGCCUGAGUUUUUCCUGCAAGAUUACUGUAUUCUACUAUAUUUUAUAUAUUUUUUUGCAAUUUGAAAAGCUGCUGAAAUUAAAGUAUGCACUUCGAAUACA